UGAAGCGGGCGCGUAGUCUGUGGCUUUAAUGACCGAGUAUAAAGGCAUCAAAGGAUUAUACGAAUAAAACGAAUGACAGGGAUAUUAAGAAUCAUAGUUACGGUGGCCGGGAGUUCUCAGCGCAGUGAAAAGUUUCAGCGAGCGGUCCGCAGGUUCGCACUUGUCCGGUGGAAGUGCUCUGGGAGCAGGGAUCAUUAGGGAGGACUCCCGGGCAUCUGGCUGCUGCUGCCGGCUCCCCUCCCCCCUCGCAGCCUCCUCGCCGCUCCGCAGCAGCAGGACUCACUUCAGUUUGUGGAGCCGUGGCAUGAAUGAUCUCAUCUGAACCUGAUCUCCGCUUCCCUCCGUCGACCUGCGAGCGACGGGACCCGAACCCCGACGAACACGAGAGAGACAACAUGUUCCCUAAGGGCACCAAGCGCAAGUUCUCCGACCCGGGGGAGGAGCCAGUCUCCGGCGCCGACCAGAGCCAGGCGGCGGCGUCGUCUGCGGCGGCGGCGGCGGUCCGGACGCUGACGUCCUCGUACAGCCUGCAGCGCCAGUCGCUGCUCGACAUGUCGCUGAUCAAGCUGCAGCUGUGCCACAUGCUGGUGGAGCCCAACCUGUGCCGCUCGGUGCUCAUCGCCAACACGGUGCGGCAGAUCCAGGAGGAGAUGACCCAGGACGGCACCUGGCAGAUCAUGACCCAGGCGCUGGCCGCGGCCCAGUGUCCGGCCGACCGCCUGGUGGCCACGGAGGUGCUGUGCCGGCAGACCGACGCGGCGGCGGCGCAGGCCGGCCAGAGCCCCAAGCCCUUCUCCGUGGGGGGUCUGGAGGAGGGCUACCACGCCGAGGAGGAGGUGGUGAUGGAGGGCGACGUGGAGACCGAGGUCACCAUGUCCACCCUGUCGCCGGUGUCCCCUCAGCUGUCCUCCGCCUCCUACCUGGCCGGGCCCUUCGGCAUGGGGCCCUGCUGGGAGGAGGAGGACGAGGACGCCGAGUGCGAGGAGGAGGACGAGGAGGAGGACAGCGAGGAGUGUGCGUCGGAGGGGGAGGAGGGCGAGCGGGACGCCCUGACCGCAGACUCCAGGACAGGGGAGCAGGUUUUUGGGACUUUUGAGAUCAAGCACCCGGCGCCGCCCCCGGACCCGGCGCUGGAGGAGCUGUUUUCCGACGUGGACCCGUCCUACUACGACCUGGACACGGUGCUGACAGGCAUGCAGAGCUCCCCCAAGAUGGGGCCCUACGACCUGCUGGAGAGCCUGUCCUCCCACGGGCCCACGGCGCUCAGCUCCAGCUCGAGCUGCAGGUCGGACCUGAACGAACUGGACCACAUCAUGGAGAUCAUAGUGGGCUCCUGAAACCCAACGUCCCUCCGGCCCUGCACCGAUCCCACAGACUCUCGACAGGACCUAUGCACAUUACACGUGCACGUUCUGUCGGUGGUGUUGCUUACACACGGACUUUGU